AUGCAUGUAAAUCUGCAUCAUGCCAGAAAUGACAACUUGAAGCAGUUUGAAUUUCUUCGGCAGUUGUCCGCCGAUGCAAACAAUAUCGUCAUUGGGGUCGUCCGAAAUGCCGAGGCUACUAAGCAGAAGGUGGACGCCGAGCUGCAGCGGAAGAACAUCCACGUCCUACAAGCUGACCUUGACGACUUCGAUGCGAUAAAGACAGCCGUGAAUGCUGCAUCGGAAAUCACUGGUGGAAGUAUCGACUAUGUCAUUGCAAACGCGGCCUUCAUCUCAACCUGGUCAUCUUAUGACGGCAUCAGCGUUCUGGGAGAGAAACCGAAGCGGCUAGAACAGGACUUAGUCGACUCGUUCCGUACGAACGUCGUCGGCAAUGUUCAUCUCUUCAAUCUCGCACUUCCACUCGUCCUGAGAGGUCAUGCGAAGAAAGUAGUCACAGUCUCAUCCGGUAUGGCUGAUUUGGACUUCAUAUCCAAAUCCGGCAUCGAGGUCGGAGCCCCUUACUCGAUCAGCAAAGCAGCUCUGAAUACAGCUGUGGCCAAAUUCAGUGCGGAACAUUCCCAUCAAGGCAUUCUUUUCUUCAGCAUUUCGCCCGGAGUGAUCGACACGGGGCUGUACGACAACGCUACAGAGGAAGAAAAGGAGAAGGGAAUGGCCAUGCUUGGCAAGAUGGCAAAGUACGCACCACAUUUCGCCGGCCCGACUACCGCAGAGUCUUCGGUGAAGGAUAUGCUGUCAGUCAUAUACAAAGCCAGCAUUGAGACUGGGUUUGGAGGGUCGUUCGUAUCCCACCACGGAAAUAAAGAAUGGAUUUGA